GGUAGGAUAUAGAAAUUCAACAACUUACGAUUUAUAUUACAUCCUAUUCUACUGUCGUUGCUGCAAACAACACUUGAAAUUGAUAACAUCUAGAUACAUUUGAAUUGAUCAACAGUUUUCAACCAUUGAUGAAACUUGGAUUGAAACUGUUAACAUGAGGUGUCUAAAAUGUUUGAUUUUGUUUGUUUUCCCAUUCGUGGUGGAACCAUUGUCACUGAAGCAUGUCAACGAAGAAUGGCAGCUUUUCAAGCUAAAAUUCAACAGAACUUACACAUGUCCUAGAGAUGAAGCAUACCGGUAUUCCGUAUUUGCCGACAAUCUUCAGACGAUACAGUUACACAACAUGGCGGCCGACAAAGGAGAAUCUACCUACUGGAUGGGAAUAAAUAAUUUCGCCGAUCUGACGGACAAAGAAUUCGAGGAGCGUUAUACCGGAUUGAAGAUAAGACCUGAAAUGAUAAAGCGAACACAAAAGAAGUUUGUCGGCAAAAAGAACUUCAAUUUGACGAGGCCACCAAAGGAAAUGGACUGGCGAAAAUUAGGAUGUGUGACCAAAAUAAAAUUUCAGGGCUUAUGUGGAAGUUGUUAUGCUUUUGCGGCGACAGGAGCGUUAGAAGGUCAAACUUGCAGAAAGAAAGGAAAACUUGUGUCUCUGUCAGAACAGAACAUAAUAGACUGUACAAGCAACCCAAUGUUUUUGAAUGAUGGAUGUACUGGUGGUCAAGCGGAGAAUUCCUAUCAGUACGUAAUAGACAAUGGUGGUAUUGAUACGGAAUCUUCAUACCCAUACACAGGAAAGGUUGGAAAGUGUAAGUUCAGUAAAGAAAAUAUUGGUGCAACUGUGGAGGAUUAUAUUGAUAUACCAUUCAAAAACGAGCUGCGGCUACAGAACGUUGUGGCAAACCUUGGACCGGCGUCAGUCUGUAUUGACACAAGAGGGGCUAAACACUACCGAUACGGAAUAUAUGACGGCGUCAGUAAAAUAGAUCUGAGCAUGUGUAGUGAAAUGAAAGUCAACCAUGCAAUGACGGCUAUUGGCUAUGGCAGGUCAAAUACUGGUAUGGAUUUUUGGAUAUUAAAGAACAGCUGGGGUGAAGAUUGGGGAGAGAAAGGCUAUAUGAGAUUGAUCAGAAACCAUGGCAACAGGUGUGGAAUUACAACUAUGGCGAGCUAUCCAGUAGUGUAAAUGACAUGUUGUGUAAAUAUAUAGACAUGCGCCGGACAUAUAAUAUAAAUGGCGACGCGCGAAAAUUUGAAGGCUCAUUUUAAAUUUGCCUCAGACGAGAUGUUUGACACUUAUCAAAGACUAUGUUAUGAUGAUACUUUGGAAAUAUUUGGUAUAAGAAUACAUUUUUAGCAGAAUUUGUGCAUAGAUGCUUUUCACAUAGCAAUUUUUAUUUUAAUCUCCUCUGGUCGGCCUAUUGAGGGUCAUUCCCAAUAUACUAUUAACCUAAACUGGGACAUAACAUAUCUUAAGUCCCAAUUCUAACAUCUUUAUAAAAAAUGAUAAAUAUCUUUUACAUAUUGGUGCUGCAAUAAUAUUUUCCUUCAUAUAUAAAAGAAUUUGAUAAUUCAUCUAAAUCAGGUGUUUUUAUCAUAUAUUGGCAAUUAAGAUUGACCCCCAAAAUGGCCACCACUUUUGGAAAGGGCGGUAAAUAUUGUAAAACAAUUACCUAUCUAUAAUUGAACUAUAAUAGUCAAUUGUCUAUGUUAUUACUGUUUUUCCAUUCUUUUCUAUUUCAUAGAAUACAAUAAACGCAUAUUAUUCUUAG